AUGCAGUUAUUACGGUUUUGGUUGACCGCUUUGGUCUCUUUGGCGGUGGCUGUACAGGGUUUACAUUUCGACAUUGCAGCAUCUACGAGCCCAGAACCAUUUUGUAUUCGUGAUUUCGUCACCGAGGGCCAAUUGGUCGUCGUGGACGUCCAUUCCGAUGGUUCUGUUGGGGAUGGGCAAAAGCUGAACCUUUCCGUUCGUGAUUCGGUUGGAAACGAGUACCGUAGAAAGAGGGAUUUUGCAGGUGAAAUCCGCGUUGCCUUUACUGCCCCAUCCUCCACAGCAUUCGACGUUUGUUUCGAAAACGAGGCCCAGUAUCGUGGCCGUUCUUUGAGCAGGGCCAUUGAAUUGGACAUCGAGAGUGGUGCCGAAGCUCGUGAUUGGAACAAGAUCAGUGCCAAUGAAAAGUUGAAGCCCAUAGAAGUCGAGUUGCGUAAAGUGGAGGAAAUCACGGACGAAAUUGUGGACGAGUUGGCCUAUUUGAAAAACAGAGAAGAAAGAUUGAGAGAUACUAAUGAAUCCACGAACAGAAGAGUAAGAAACUUUUCAAUCGUGGUCAUUGUUGUAUUGUCCUCGCUAGGUGCUUGGCAAGUCAAUUAUCUGAAGAAUUACUUCAAAACAAAACAUAUCAUUUAA